AUGUUCUAUGUGUGGCCAAACGAGUAUUUUGUAUGCAAGAAUUUUGAUGAAUGUGUUACACCUGCUAAGGUUCCUACGCAGGAACCCCAGUGCUCUGUGAGCUUUGGCCCUGAUGCUGCUCACGCGUUGUGUCGACCGAACAGAGGAACUAUUGCUGGAUACUUUUUGGCGGAUCGCCUCAUGUGGUGGCUUCCGGUGGGCGCCUCCCUCUUCGCUAGUAACAUUGGGUCUGAGCAUUUCAUCGGCAUGGCAAGCUCGGGUGCAGCAAGCGGCAUUGGCAUUGGGGCCUUCAACUUUAACUCCAUCAUCCUGUUGCAACUCAUGAGCUGGGUCUUUCUGCCGGUCUUCAUCGCCAGUAAAGUACGAACGGUGCCGGAAUACAUGCACAAAAGAUUUGGCGGUCAACGGAUCCAGAUGUACUUAGCUGUACUAUCACUACUUCUCUACAUCUUCACCAAGAUCUCUGUUGAUCUGUACUCUGGUUCCAUCUUCAUCAAUCAAGCACUCAAAUGGGAUAUAUACUGGUCGAUGGUGGGGCUGCUUGUGCUGACGGCGCUCUUCACUGUGACGGGGGGAUUGGCCGCCGUCAUCUACACGGACACUCUGCAGGUCAUCAUCAUGCUGGGCGGCGCACUCUUUGUUAUGAUUAAAGCCUUUCAAGAGGUUGGCGGAUAUGGGGCAUUGCAAUACAAAUACAUGCAGGCUGUGCCUAAGCUAACUUAUGAAAACACAAGUUGCGGUUUGCCAAGAGACGAUUCGUGGAUAAUGUUAAGGGAUCCCGUUAACUCUGACUUGCCAUGGCCAGCAUUUCUGCUCGGCCAGACCCCAGCCUCCAUCUGGUACUGGUGUGCUGACCAGAUGAUGAUCCAGCGAGCACUGGCAGCAAAGUCAUUGUCUCAUGCCAAGGGUGCUACGGUGUUUGCCUCCUAUCUCAAGAUACUGCCCUUCUUCAUCAUCAUUCUUCCUGGCAUGAUCUCCCGUGCCCUCUUCCCAGAUGACGUUGCUUGUGUUUUGCCAGAAGAAUGUCUACGAGCAUGUGGGUCGAGGUCAUCCUGCUAUAAUUCAGCUUACCCUCGCCUCGUGGUUGGGAUCAUGCCAGCUGGGUUCAAAGGCUUGAUGCUAGCAGUCAUGUUGGCAGCACUGUUGAGUGACCUCACUUCUAUCUUUAAUUCUGCUUCCACUAUGUUCACUCUUGAUUUGUGGCGUCAUCUGCGUCCUAGAGCUCAAACCCGGGAGCUGCUGAUUGUUGGAAAACUUUUCGUCGUGGUCCUCAUCGCCCUGUCAGUGGCUUGGGUCCCAAUUAUUGAAAAGGUUCAGGGCGGGCAGCUCUUUAUAUAUAUACAGAAAGUUGGCGCCUACCUUGCUCCUCCAAUAGCUGCCGUCUACUUAAUGGCAGUCUUGUGGAAACGCAUGAAUGAGAAAGGAGCAUUCUGGGCUCUUACAGUGGGCCUCCUAGUUGGAGUCAUACGCAUGGCGCUGGACUUCUCUCAUCCUCCCCCAGCAUGCAACCAGCACGAAUAUCGACCACUCUUGAUCAGAUUUAAUUUUAUGUACUUUGCCAUGAUACUUUUCUGGAUAACAUGUCUGACAGGAGUGUUGGUUUCUCUUCUGACUAAACCUUCAGAGAGCUUUAGGGUAAUAAGAACUACUUACUCUACCAGAUUCAAUAAAAAAGAAAGAGAGGAUGAAAAAGCCGUCGAGAUUGCCUUACACUCUUUGACACCCGAAACAAAUCCUGCAGCUCCUUCAGCAGAGAUCAAGACGGAGACGCAAUUUGUAUACUGGCUCAGGAAAGGCAAAACCUCAUGUAUGUGGCUGUGUGGUCUGGAUCUCUCUCAACAGAGCACCAGAAGUAUGGAAGAAGAGCAUCAAGAAGUUAUGAACUCUUUAGAGGAAAACCCUCGAGUUAAGAUUAUUUUGAAUGUAAACUUUGGAAUUUUAGUAGCAGUUGGUAUAGGCCUUUUUACUUACUUUACAACAAAUCCCUUUCCUGCUGAUAUCGAUCCAAGAACAUACUCUGUCAUGUAGUACCAGGUAUAUAUGUCAAUAAUGAUAAUAUACAUCACUGAUAGUCAUCUUUUAUGUUCUGAAUAUCGCCCCCCCAAUUCACACACGAGAACCGUAGAUAUUGAGAGUUAGGCCGCUCAUACUCACACCAUCCAGCCCAGCACCCCUGCGUGAACACAAGUUGUUGGAAUUUCAAAUACCAUAAUUUGUAUCUCUUGGUGUUAAGCUUGUGUUCAGGCAAAGGUGAGCAUGAGCCAAGCAAGAUGGUACCAUUAUAAACACUUGUCUGCUUCACAACGGGCUGGGACCGACCAUCAUUCCCCACCAAGAAAGCCGGGAUGGUUUCUUGGUGGGGCAUGAUGAACACACACACACACAAAUGGGUAGGAAGCAGUGAGCCUAAGAUCAUAUGUGCCAGAUGGCGUCCCGCAUCUACGGCAAUAAUACACACUUAUGUAGGCAUGCACGCUCGCAUGCGCGCACGUUAACACAAUCAUGCUCUCUCUCUCUCCCACCUCACGACUGAAAGGUCCCGUGUUUAAUUCCCGUUGUAGAGUGGAGACAGAUGGACAGUUUCGUGUUCCCUGACCACCCAGAAGUGAAUGGGUACUGGGAGUCAGUCGGUGGUCGUGUUCCACCUCUCAUGGUGGGCUUAAAAGUGAGGUUUCGGUCGUAUAUAAAGACCACUUGUGAGCUCCAAGCUCAGUUGAGGGUACUAAUUAGCGAUCACUGGUCUAGAACGUGAUCAGACUAUGAUGAAUCACACACACACACACACACACACGGCCCGGUAGCUCAGGGGUAGAGCGUCUGGCUCACAACCAGAAAGACCAGGGUUCGAUUCCCCGGCCGGGUGAAGAUAAGUUGGGUUUAUCUUCUUUCACGUGUAGCCCCUGUUCACCUAGCAGUGAGUAGGUACGCGACGUCAGGCAAGGAGUUGUGACCUCGUUGUCGCAGUGUGUUGUGUGUGAGUGGUCUCAGUCCUACACAAAGAUCGGUACUACGAGCUCUGUGCUCUUCCGUAGGGGAACGGCUGGCUGUCUCGAGAGAGACCCGCAGCAGACCAAGAGGUGAAUUACACACACACACACACACACACACUCAAAAUGGAAGGGAGAAGGUAACUAACUGGACACAGCACUGAAUUGAGAAAAUGGGCUUGUUUGAAAGACAAAGAACAGUUUUCCAUCCAGGAAUGUGCACUGUGCGGUGUUCAUAAUAUGAUGGAAAAGUUGGACACUUAUAGAUUUGGAGACAGAACUCUCCGAGCUGGAGCCCAGGACCUGUAUACUACAAGUACAAAUACAAAUACACACACCAGGCCCACCAGGGUAUCACGUGGUACUGCCUCGGUCAUUGACCACAUUUGGUUGAAUCAAGCCGAAUCAAAUAUCAAUAACUUCAUAAUUCACACUAACAUUACAGAGCAUUUUCCAACGGUAUCAUAGUUUCGCAAACAUAGUGGCUCGGAACAGUCUCCGAAGCAUGUUUUCAGAAGGAUGUUUAUGCCCGAGAAUAUUCGGUGCUUUGUUGAUGGUUUGUCGCAGCUAAAUUGAGAGGAGGUGUUUGCUUCUGAUUUUCCUAGUACUGCAUAUCAUAUGUCCCUAAAUAGAUAUGACGAGUUAUUUCAACUCAAAUUUCCUAAAGAGUAUUGCAAGACCUCAAAAAGAUCAGGAUGAGGUUCAUUCCUAACGCCGGGUUUGCUCAGCAGCAUUAAAGAGAAGAACAUCGACUUGAAAGGUUAGCUUGUAAAUGGCCAUAAACUUAUAUAAGACAUACCGAAACACUAUAACUUCUCUUUUACGCUUUGCUAAAAACAAUUACUGAGAAAAAUCAAUUUAAGGAUAAUCAAGAUAAUGCUAGAGACAUCAGGAAAACUCCAAAUCGUAUGACUGUUAAGUUAAUGCACUUAAUGAUCUUUUUUUUUUAAUAUUGUAGACUCAGUUGCACAUGGCUUGGGUACAAGUUUUGAAAAUUAUCUUGAUAAUUCUCCUAAUUUUUCAUUAUAUUUACAGCUCUGCAAUCAGUCAUAAAUUAAAACGUGCAUCAAUUCUUUAAAGUCAAAUGCAGCUGGCUAUGAUGAUAUUCCAGUAUCUCUUCUAUAGCAAACUUGUGAUUAUAUUUCUGGAAAUCUUGUGCACAUAAUCAACUUGCCUUUUCCCUGUGGUGUUUUCCCAUUCAUAAAUCAGGCUCUAAAAAUGUUAUAUAUAAUUAUAUAUUGAUUUCCAUUUUACCAUCAUUUAGUAAACUUUUUGAAAAAGCAAUCUCAUGUCGUCCCUGUAAUUUUCUGGAAAGUAACAACUUAUUAUCUGACUCAGUAUCUUUUUAGGAAAAAUAGGUCAACAAAAUCUGCCCUUAUGCAUUUUGUUAAUACUGUUUAUACCAGUUUAGAUAAGAAAUUUUAUGCUGCAGGGGUGUUUUUAUAUACAUGUACAUCUUUUGAUUCAUUAGAUCACCAGAUUUUACAUUACUGAAGAAGACUGGUGCAAGAGCUGUUCCUCACGACUUGUUGAAAAGCUAUUUAACUAACCGUCAGCAAUCUUUGUAAGUUUGUAUUGUAAAGAUCAGCAUUCAAAACGUAAGACGAUCGAGCACGGUGUUCUUCAAGGAUCAAGUUUAGGUCGUUUUUUUUUUAUCUACAUUAAUGAUAUUGUUAAUGCAAGCAAUAAAGAUGUCUUUACCAUAUUUGCUGAUGACACAAAUUUCGUAGUCAUAUAAAAACCUCGAGACUUUUCACACAAACCUUUCACAAGAACUUAAUAAUGUAAAUAAAUGGAUAAAAGAUCAUAGGUUAAAGCAAAAUGUAACAAAAAUACAUCGUGUUAUUUCAAAAUAGGUCCAUAGUGCAUAUUAUUGUUCCUGUAUAUAUAUAUAUAUAUAUAUAUAUAUAUAUAUAUAUAUAUAUAUAUAUAUAUAUAUAUAUAUAUAUAUAUAUAUAUAUAUAUAUAUAUAUGAGAAGAAUCAAUAAAUCGUGUACAAUAUACAAACAAAUUAGGUGUUGUGGUUAACGAAUACAUGAACUAGAAGCUCCAUAUCUCGAACGUCUGUAUUAGCUUAGCCAAACUAUGUGGUAUGCUGUAUCGAAUCCGUCAUAAACUCAGAUCUGAUCCUAUGUUAA